AUGAAGGAAAAUGUGAAGAAAGAAACUUAUCCAGAAGAAGAAAACAAGAAUGAUCGGAGGGAAACGAACUUGAAAAAUUUCGAAAAAACCUUCAUUGACGAUUGGCAGAAAGCCCUGAAGAGAGUGGAAGAAGGAAGGAGGUGCUUUGAACAUGUAAGCACCAUAUUUUUGGAGAUUAUUCGUAUUGAAAAAGAAUAUGAGCAUAACUUAAGAAACUUAUGUAACUCAUUUAAAGAAUUUAAUGAUGAAUCAUCAGGUAUUAAGAGCGGAAUGAUAAGUUUAAAAAGAAACCUUGAAAGGAGAUGUGAACAGAUAACAGAUUUUAUUAAUUAUGUUGAAUGUGAGAUAUUAAAUAAUACGUUAAAUACAACUUUAAUAAAUCAUAAAAAUGUGUAUGAUCAAAUAAAAAUUGAUGGGAUGGAGAAUGAUAAAAUGGUAGAAAAGGCGAAAAGGGAAACUGUAAAAUAUGUGAAAAAUUGUAUAAAUGCUUAUGAAAAUUUAAUAGAAUCUAUUCAUGUUUUUCAUAACAGUACUUAUUAUCAUCCACUAAAGAGAAUUCAACUUUCCAAUACAUGUAUAGAUCAAUAUUUACUAGCGAAAAAAAGGGAAUAUGAAUAUAGGAACACCAUAAAUAAUGUUAAUCAAGUCGAAUUAAAAAAGGAAAAAAAAAUGAAAAGUAUUUUGUAUUCCUUAGAAUCAAUGGAUUAUAAAAGAAUUUCAUGUAUAAAGGAUAAUUGCAUGAAAUAUCUAAUUUUUUUUACUUCAUAUAUAAGAAAUGUUCAGUAUGAUCUCAACAGUUGUAUAAAUGUUUUCAAGGACGUGGAUCCAAUUCGGGAGAUUGAGGAAUACUGCACAUUGUAUGGGUGUGAUCGUGGUGGUGAAGAUGGCACUACUACCGAUGUGGCCACUACUGCUGGUGUUGGUACUACUACCGAUGUGGGUACUACUACUAGUGUUGGUACUUCUACCAAUGCAGGUACUACUGCUGUUGUUGGUAGUAAGAAUCUUUCAAGAAAGAGACAAAGUGGGGAAUUUUUAUUUUACAAUAAUAUUGUAUCUUGGCCAAUGCUAAUAGAUUAUCAAAAUGAAUUCAAUUUCGUUGGAAACAGAUAUCCACAGAAUAGUAAAUUAGAUUAUUCUGUGAACCAUGAUUAUGUGAAUAGCUCUAAGAGUAAAUAUAGCAAUUUAAUUUCUUCCCUUUUUAAUGUUAACGUGUACAGAAAUUUAAUUCAAAAUGAGGAUAGUGACAGAAGGUUCAAGGAUCAUGGGGAGAAAAAAAAAAGCGUUAAUAAUGUAUAUACAAACAUAUUUAAUGAAAUUGUUUUUUUUAAAACCAAGGACGAAGAAGAAAAGGAAUCAAGUCAUGAGGACAUGAGUCACGAGGAGGAAGCUUCUGAUGAGGGAUCUGUCAAAGGUGGAGAGAAUAAUGAUGAAUCGUCCAAUCAUAAUUACAUAUCUAACUAUGAUAAGGAAACAUUUCCCACGCGGAAGGAAGGCAAUGACAAGGGAGAUGAAAUUUAUGAAUGUUCAGAAAAAGGGAAACAUGACAGAGGAGAUGAAAUUUAUGAAUGUUCAGAAAAAGGGAAACAUGACAAAGGAGAUGAAAUUUAUGAAUGUUCAGAAAAAGGGAAACAUAACAAAGGAGAUGAAAUUUAUGAAUGUUCAGAAAAAGGGAAACAUAACAAAGGAGAUGCAAUUUCAAGUGUGACGAUGGGGAUAACACUAGAUAAAGUUGAUCCAAGUGAGAAUAGAGUGGUAGGGAAUGGAAAUGCAAUGAAUCCGAGUAAACGUGAGGAGGGUGUUGAGUCAUAUGCUGAUGCUGAGGGGACAGACACAGGGGAUUUGGUUAGAAGUAAUAUUGAUGAUAUGAAUAAUAAAAACGAUGAUAAUAUGAGUCAAGCAGAAGAGGUUAGGAGUCCUGGGGAGUGUAUGGAAUGUGUUAAUAAAAUCAUCAAUAAACAUGGUGAUAAACGAAAUAAUGCUCCUUACGAAGGAGGUAUGAAUGCACCGGUUGAAAGAGGUAACAGUGUGCAACGAAAUUCCGAUUUGAGUUACACGUACAUAAGAGACAUGCUCGAAAAAGAGGAGGACACCGAAAAGGAGGAUGAGUCAGACAGCAUGAGUAGUGAAAUGAACUGUUCUAAUAGAUUUAAAAAGAUGGAAAUUUUUUUUCAAUUUUAUUUAAAAAAUUUAUUUCAUGGUAAUUUUGCUAAAAUAGAAGAAUUUAACAUCACAUCAUAUUUUAAUGUGUACAAUUAUAGGCUUAUAUUUUGUGAGUGUUUAUUGUAUUAUAUUAAGAAGGGGAAAACAUAUUUUAAAAAUAUGAAUGCCAUGAUUAUAUUUGCAAAAAUUAUUUUAUCUUUUUUAGAUUACUGUAGUUUAUACUUUGAUUAUUGGUCUUCCAUAUAUAUUUUAGUUGCAUCAGAAAAUUUUUAUUUUGAAGUGCAGGAAAAUUAUCAUCUGAAUGUAAAGCGGUUGCUAGAUGAGUGCCACUUUUGGGAGAAAUAUGAAAACAAAAUUUCAUCUAGAACUGGAGAAUCCCAAGUACGGUAUAAAAAAAUGAGUCCUGACAAUGUACAGGGAAAGAUAAAAUCCACUUCUCGAGAGAGUGAUUUUCUCUCGUUGGACGUGAAUGAAAAUGUGAAUGAAAAUGUGAAUGAAAAUGUGAAUGAGUAUGUGAAUGAGUAUGCGAAUGAGUAUGUGAAUGAGUUUGCGAAUGAGUAUGCAAAUGAGAAUGUGAAAUGCGUCUCUUCCAAGGGGAAGAGCGUACAUGUACUAUCAAAAGCAAAUAAUACACUUGUGGAAGGGAAGAGGAGUGUUGUAAAUAUAUACGAGAAUAGAGAAGAAGGAGAAAAGGAAGUUGUCGCCACUGAGAAGGAUGGUCAUGAGGAUAUUUCCAAUGUUGAAUCCUCCAUACGUGCUGAAACAAGAAAAGAGGAUCAAAGACAUGAAAUAUACGAAACAAACUCUUUAAGUAUACUGAGAGAAAACUCCACAAAUAAGGAUUCCAUUGAGGAUACAGAAAGAAAUAAUCAGAUGAUGGAAGACCAUCACACUUUUGAAGCGAACAUAGAAGAGUGCAAGAAGAGUACAGAAGCGGAUACAUCAUCUAUCAGUAAAGGCAGAAGCAAGAUCGAAUGCAAGGGCAAUUGUGAGGAUAAUCCACAGAUGAAGAAAAUUUAUUUGCACAAAUUUUUGUAUGCCCAUAACUUAUGGAAUAACAUAAAGUUCUGGGAAGUGAGUCUCUUAGUGAUUAUAUCAGAAAUAAUUCAAGAAAAUGUUUUAAUGGAAAAACUAAAAUAUGAAAAUAAAGAAUCAUUAAUUAAAAAAUAUUUUUUUUUUUUCAAAUAUUUUAAUUUAUACAAUAGUAUGAUUGAUUUUGGCUUGUCAAUUAAUCAAAUAGGUUUGCUACUGAACAAAAUAUUUCACAAUUUUAACUUGAAAAACGACCCCAUUUCUCGCAAAUAUUUUUUUCAAGUUAUUGACAUAGCUACGAAUAAAAACAUUACUUUAAAUUAUAUCAAAACAGAUGCAAGUAAUUUAAACACCGAAUAUAAGAAGUAUUACCUGCAGUAUUAUAACAACUUUUUGAAUGAUGACAAUAGAGACGGUGGGGGGAAAAAAAAGUGA